AGGGAAAAUGGAAUUCCAUAUCAAAGAAUCAGCUGCGAGGCAUGCUAUAGGAAUCAGAAACCAAUGCAGGGCGUGACGGCCUCUCUGGCAACAGUCCCCUUUCUCUGGCAACCAGAAUGCCAGCCAUGCCAGCCACGGCACCACAUGAAAAACCCUGUCACCCAGGUGUGCACAAUGCAUGCUAGAAUGCACAUCAACAGCCCCCCUUUCCCACAGGUUCCCGCGACAGUUAUAUUGCACGUUCGACAUCUAGGUAUACAUACACCUGAUGUGGUUUCUGCUGCAGCUGAUGAAUGAUCACAUUAGCAGUAGAGUGGGUUAGCUGGAUCAAACAGGAGCUCCCACCGCGACUCCCCAAGCAGCUAGCAUUGGGGAGUAGGGCUCAGAAGGAGGAUAUGAAUGCAGAGAAGAGAG